UAUCGUGCUACGACGUAGGCGGCAGGUUACCGUGCCAGGUUAAGGAAUAACUGAAUGACUGAGCAAGUAUAGAUUUUGCCCGAACUGAGUGUUUGUGUCAGGUGGCAUUGCUUAUUUCAAAGUAACAAUGUCGGUGGAAUGGGCUCGUAUUUUUGGUGCUGUGGCCCUGCCUUUCACAGGAGGGUUCGUGGGAGCUAGGAUCACAGGGAAAAAAGGUUCAGAGAAUAUGAAGUGGUAUGAUCAACUCAAGAAAGUUCCUUGGAAUCCACCCAAGUGGGUGUUUGGACCGAUGUGGACCUACCUAUAUGGCACCAUGGGAUAUGCUUCAUAUCUGGUGUGGCGAGAUGGAGGUGGAUUUGACGGUGCUAUGGUUCCUCUUGGAAUGUACGGUGCAUCACUGGCUCUCAACUGGAUUUGGACCCCACUUUUCUUUCAGUACCACCUCAAAGGCCUGGCUGCCAUAGAGAUUCUGAUGUACCUUGGGGUGACAGGUGUGACUACAUACCUGUUCUGGCCAAUUAAUCAGACAGCUAGCAAGCUUCUCUUCCCAUUGCUGGGCUGGAUAAGCCUUGCUUCUACUCUCAACAUUGGUGUCUGGAUCCUGAACAAGGACAAGCAGUCUUAAGAAAGUCAGGGGCAUUUGUGUCGCAGUGGCUUCUGAGGUAGAUUAAAGCUGUGAUCUGAAACACCUGCUCUGUCAUUGGCUAAAUGUAGAAAUGCUGUUUUAGUGCAGAGUUGUUCCCCAUCAGAUGAGCUGCUAAGAUUCUAGAUGUUCUAUUUUCCAAUACAAUUGCAUAAAUUCACGUUUGCUGCAUUAUCUGUAAGUUAGCUUCAGGAACGUUAGACUCGUAGUUUGAGAUCUGCUGAGAUUUUUCACCGGAUUGAAUACUUUUAGUGGGAAUUAUAACCAGAUCGUCUGAAGUACUAUGAACAAUGUUCAGAUUGGACAUGAUGAGAAGAGUUGGAUGGGAAUUCAAGCUGAUUUGGCAAAAGGCUGUGGAAUUGAUAAGUACGCCUUUACUGGCAAUGAAAAUAAAAGCUUAGUCAUCUCUGUUGUCAUACACCUGGUUCCUACUCAAGAUGCUCUGGGUAUGUGCAUGUCACUUAGAAAUUACUCAUGCAUAUGCAAAUAUUAAUGACAUAUAUAUGUAUGUUGUUGUUCCAUUCCUCCAAUAUAUAUUAUUAGCAGGUAAAGAGUGCCCUCUUGUGGUUGAUGCAGCAAUAGGUCUGUUUAUUGCAAAAGGGCUUGGGAUUCCAGCAUGUCCUCAAUAGCA